AUGGUGAAGAAUUUUGCAAGAGGCAAGGUGGAAGUGCUUCUCUCUACAUUGCUGGCUGCUGUUUUGUAUGCUGAGUUUGCCCAAGCUUUGCGGUGCUACUCAUGCCAGGAGCCCACAACGGCUGAAAAAUGCAUGGCCAUUGCCAAUUGCUCUAAGAACGACACCAUGUGCAAGAUGACGAUGUACUCCCGUGAGGAAGUAUUUCCUUUUGUAGGUGAUGCGACUGUCACACGGUCUUGUUCUUCAAGAUGCAUCCCAUCUGACGCAGAUGAGAUUGGUUCGACACGUCCCGUCACCUGCUGCAACACUGACCUCUGCAACCGUGACACUGCGGCCAGUAUACAGGUCAACUACGUUGCAGUGUGGACUUCAGCUGCUUCUUUCUUUAUCCUCCUCAGCCCUGGACUGUGA